AACUCACCUCACUUCACCACACCUCACCAUGCCCUUCGCGUGGGAGAAUUUCGGCGCGCCGACGCCGUUCAAAGCGAAUGCUGCGGAGCUCAGGGCCGCUGAGCUGGCGGAGGAGGUCGCUGCCCUCCGAAAGCAGCUUAGCACCGCCAAGGCCGCUAAGGCCGUCGCCGAGCAGCGGGAGGCAGUGGCUCUCCGCUGCUUUGGCACUGAGCUCCAACGCAACCGGAGCAUGGACGACUGGGACCGCGCUGCCGAGCUGCAGCAGCAGCUCGACGUCCUCAAGGAGGACAACAAGGACAUCCGCAGCCAGCUGUCGGCCGUCACCGGCCACCUCCAGGGCAAGGAGGCCGACAUUGCCUACAAGGACAACGAGAUCUCGUCGCUCACCACCGACAAGGACCAGCUCAAGGCCUCGCUGGCCGACGUCAAGCAGAAGCUCGAUGAGCAGCUGGAAGCCUCCCAGGAGAUCGACUCACACCUCAAUAACGCGUACGCCGACCUCGGCCGCGAGCAGACCGCGCACAAAGCCACCGUCAAGGCCAAGGACGAUGCGGAAGCGAAGCUGAAGGAGACCGAGGGCGAGCUUCACAGCUUGCAUACACAAUGGGAGGAGCUGCAGAACAGAGUCCAAGAGCUGGAGGCACAGACGGCGGAGAUGCAGGAUCUGGAGCGCGAGCAUCAAGCGCUGCAGGACGAUAUCGAGAACCUCCGCAACCAGCUCGGCAGCCACGAUCGCACCAUCUUGGUCAAGGACGCGCGCAUUCAGCACCUAGAGACGCAAUACCAGAAGGCGCUCGAAGGAAAGCUCAACGCCGAAGCCGCUGCCAACGCUGCCGCUGCUCCUACUUCCGUACCAACCUUCACGGCCGGCGACGAGUCGCUGGAGGACGAGCUCGCCAACACUGCCGGUUUCGAAGAUAACGGCUCCGAAUUCGAGCAGCUCGACUAUUCCGGCAUCACCGAGAUUGCAGAUAUUGCGCCCAUCGAGCCAGCCGCUGCCCCGAAGCUCUCCAUCGGCGUCGUUCAAGCCGCAAGCGUUGCCCCGGUCGCAGCGCAGACGGACACCUCCUCGACCCAGACAGACGAGCGCCAGAUCUCUACUACCUCCGCUCAGACAGACGAGUGCCAGACCACGACCUCAUAUACCCAAACCGAUGCACCAGAGAAGCGCGCAAUCGCAGCCCAGACAGACACCCCAAAGCUUUCCGCUGGCGUCAUCCAUGCCGCCUCUAUCCACGUCCCUCCGAUCGAGCCCAAGAAGGCUCUCACCACCACUGCGACGCAAACCGACGUCGUUCCUGUCGAGGCUGAGAAGACAGUCUCUACGACUGCCACACAGACCGACCACCUUCGCGAUCUCAAGACUACCGCUGCCCAGACCGAUGUCUCGAACCCCUUGAUCCGCAAGUCCAGGGUCUCCACCGUCCUCAACAUAUGGCCAAUUGCCGAUAACACCACAGCCGAGACUACCACCGCGACUGCUGCCACUCAGACCGAGAAGACCGCCGAGAAGAGCCCGGAGCGAAUCAUCACCGUUACUACGUCUUCCAAGAGGAGCGUUCUGGAGCGUUACUAUCCCCUCAUCUCUGCGCUCAUCGUCUUCUUUUGCUUCAUGGCCUAUGCGAUGCUGGAGGCUUGGAAGGUCGAGAGCGGCUACUACUACUCCCACAACGACUUCUCGUACGGCGCCUUUGGAAACGGCCGCUAUCUCUUUGGCUUCUUCCCCAUUGGCUUCGACAUCGGCCACUCUCGGUUGUCUGAGGAGAUCUGUCGCCAUACUUCGACUGCUAUCGCCGUGUUCGAGGACUGGGCUGGCAUUACUCCGACUCCGAUGUAUUGAGCUCUUUCCUUACUUACUUGCUUCCUUACUCUGCCACUGCAUGUGGGUUGGAGUACACAAAACGGUGUUUGGGUAGGGGAUCUGGGUUUCCUUCAGGCUUUAAUGACUGGCGUCUUGUCUCGGUGGCCUGCUUUCCAUGAUACCCCCGGAUUACCCCUCUUUUCUUUCUCUCUAAGUUUUUUUUACGUGGCUAGAUAUCCGCCUUCAGGAUUCUUUGAUAGCUGCCUCAUUGGAAUGGAACAUACAGUGU